UGCUGUGGUGGGCACCGAGAACACUGGUGCCGAUCUGGGGCUAGGGUUGAUGGAGACGACCGCAGUCCAGCCUGCCAUAGCCAUCCUAGGCCACGGUCCUCCGCCACAGGCCGGGACUAGCGCCUCAGGCUUGUACUUGGGGAUCCUAAAAAUCUUGUAAAAGUAGAUCUUAUUCCCGUUUGUAAGAUUAAAAAACGGAGCCCUAGAGGACCGAGGUAAACUGCCCCGUCUGGUAGUACCUGGGUAUCGAAGGCUUUUUCUUUAUGGCGAACUACAUCUGCAAGCCUCCUGACUUAAAAUGGACAGCAGGGUUGGCUCCUGCUGAGGGAAGGAGUUGUGUGGAAGAGGAGGAGGUACUGUAAGUCACCUGGGGAAUUUUUGUAUUUCUGUGGAUUCUUGACAAAGUUACCCCCAUGCAGUUCCGGUUGAUUUUUUUCUUGCUUCAAUCUUUAAAAUUUAACUAGACUGGAAGACUGAUACUUUAACCUUUCUUGUCCCUGAACUGUUGUAAACCUUGGUGUGGUGGAAACUCCCUGUCCCAAGGUCGCCGGCCUCCCCCUGUUGCUCCUGCACGGUCGCAACCCGACUAUGCCUUAGUUGGAGCCCAAAAGAUUUGAGCGACCUGUGAAGUAACACUUUGCCUCCAACAGGUUAAAGAGAUUCAACAGUUCCAAAGGAGGAGAGCGACUUGAGUGGCCAGAAACCAUGUGUGCUCAGUACUGCAUCUCCUUUGCUGAUGUUGAAAAAGCUCAUACCAACAUUCAAGAUUUUAUUCACCUCACACCAGUGCUAACAAGCUCCAUUUUGAAUCAAAUAACAGGGCGAAAUCUUUUCUUCAAAUGUGAACUCUUCCAGAAAACUGGAUCUUUUAAGAUUCGUGGUGCUCUUAAUGCCAUCAGAGGCUUGAUUCCUGCCACCUCAGGAGGGAAGCCUAAAGCAGUUGUUACUCACAGCAGUGGAAACCAUGGCCAAGCUCUCACCUAUGCUGCCAAAUUGGAAGGGAUCCCUGCUUAUAUCGUGGUACCCCGAACAGCUCCCAACUGUAAAAAACUAGCAAUACAAGCCUAUGGAGCCUCUAUAGUGUACAGUGAACCAAGUGAUGAGUCUAGAGAAAAUGUUACAAAACAAAUUGUGGAAGAAACAGAAGGUAUCAUGGUACAUCCCAACCAGGAGCCUGCAGUGAUUGCUGGGCAAGGGACAAUUGCCCUGGAAGUGCUGAACCAGGUUCCCUUGUUGGAUGCAUUCGUGGUUCCAGUAGGGGGAGGAGGAAUGAUUGCUGGAAUAGCAGUUACAAUUAAGGCUUUAAGACCUAGUGUGAAGGUUUAUGCUGCUGAACCCUUGAAUGCAGAUGACUGCUACCAGUCCAAACUGAAAGGGGAACGGAUGCCCAAUCCUUGUCCUCCAGAAACCAUAGCAGAUGGGGUCAAAUCCAGCAUUGGCUUAAACACCUGGCCUAUCAUCAGGGACCUUGUGGAUGACGUCUUCACUGUUACAGAGGAUGAAAUUAAGAAUGCAACCAAGCUGGUGUGGGAGAGAAUGAAACUACUCAUUGAACCUACAGCUGGUGUUGCAGUGGCUGCUGUACUGUCUCAGCAUUUUCAAACUGUUUCCCCAGAAGUAAAGAACAUUUGUGUUGUGCUCAGUGGUGGAAAUGUAGACUUAACCUCUCUGACUUGGAUGAAGCAGGCUGAAAGGCCAGUUAAUCAAUCUGUUUCUGUUUAA